AUGUCCUCGCCGAAGAAGAUUCCUUCCAUCGGUGCUUCCGAUGUGCACUGGAAGAACUGGGACGAUGACGUGAUGCAUCACCGAUGGGACAAGUUCGCCAAAUUCGGCAACCAAACGGCGACCGAAAUCACCGGUAAGAACUUCGACAAGUGGCUGAAAGACGCCGAGGUGCUCGACGCCAAGCACAUCACCACAACGAUGACCGGCAUCGCUUUCUCCAAAGUCACCGGACCGAAACGUAAAACUUUGAAUUACUUGGAAACAAAGGAGGUGCUGGUCAAAGUGGCAGAAGACCGCGCUUCUAAGUCAGGCAAACCAUUGCAGGAGGAGCUGGACCUGAUUUGCGAACGACUUUCGCAUUUGGAAGGACCCAUGCUGAAUCGUGCUACAAAAGCAGUCAACAAAGGUGUUGUGGAUCGUUUGACCGAUGUUUCAAAAUACACUGGAUCGAGCAGGGAAAGAUUCGAUCAAAGUGGCAAAGGCAAGGGCAAAGCUGGAAGGGAAGAUAUCAAAGAUGAUUCAGGCUAUGUUGCUAGCUACAAAAACAAAGGAACGUAUGAUCAUACGCACAAAAAUGCCUGA